GGGCCGACGCAUGAUAAAGAAAAAAAGGAGUCCAAAUAACAACUGUUAAGUGUUGAGCGCAAGCGGGAAAAAGCAAAGCAGACGCUGGAAGGAGGAAGGAGAGGACAAUCUAGGGCACACUGCACUGCACUGCUAAAACGAAAGGUUCUCAGAUAUUCGUGUGAAGAUGUCAGGGAGGAAAGAAACGGUGUUGGAUUUGGCAAAAUUUGUGGACAAGGGUGUCCAAGUCAAGCUCACGGGUGGUAGACAAGUGACAGGGACUCUGAAAGGGUAUGAUCAAUUGUUAAACCUUGUCCUGGAUGAAGCUAUAGAAUACCUGAGAGAUCCUGAUGAUCCUCUGAAGACUACUGAUCAGACCAGGCGUCUUGGCCUAAUAGUAUGCAGGGGAACUGCUGUGAUGCUUGUCUCACCAACUGAUGGUACAGAUGAAAUUGCCAACCCUUUCCUGCAGCCGGAUGGGGCCUAGACAUAUCUUUUGUUUAUAUUCAAAGCCUCUAACUUUGAAUCUGUAUGCUCUUUCAGCUUGUCCUCAUUUUAAUUUGGACAACUCUCGUUACAGAAUAGGAAAUUUGUGAUGAGCUUUGACUUAGUCUACUUUUUUUUAUACUAUAAGCGAACUGCAAUUGUAAAAUUGUUAAUCAUACCCUCUCUCUUCUUGGAAGUCUCAGACGAAUCAUGUGUGAUACUGAUAUGCAUCAUCUAGUUGUGUCAUUGUCAAUGGAUUACAAUGAAAACACAUAUAUUAGAUUAUUAUCAAA